UGACCAGUCAGUCCAUAUCAACGGUUCAUCUGAGCAGAGCCACAGAGGAAGAAUUUUUACAAUAUCUAGUUGUGAUUUGUCACUUCAUGUUAAAAAAAUCUUCUCUGCAGGAGACGGAGGGGUCAUGACAGGAGCUUUGGCUGCAAAGACCUUGAUUUCACUGGUGCUUGUAGCACUGUGUGGAGCUGCUCCAGCCGCUGGACCCAGCCAAGAUGAGCUGUCUAAAGCCCAGGCCUAUCUGUCCAGAUUUUUCUCCAAUGUGGGUGUCAGUGCUCCCAACAGUGUGUGGCGCAGCUCCCUGGAUUCCUUUGACGACACUCUUAGAAAAAUGCAGGAAUUUUUUGGCCUGGCGGUGACGGGGACAUUGGACUCCAACACCUUGGAGGUGAUGGAUCAACCCCGCUGUGGUUUCACUGAUGUGGCUAGGUUUGCUCAUUUUGAUGGCCGCCCCCGCUGGGACAAGACUCUGAUCACAUACAGGAUCACUGAAUACACACCAGACUUGAGCAGAAGCGAGGUGGAUGCCACCAUAGCCCAGGCUUUCAAACUCUACAGUGACGUCACACCGCUGAAUUUCAAGCAGAUCAACACUGGCACCGCUGACAUCAUGAUCUUUUUCAAGGAGAAAGACCAUGGAGACUUUUCUCCUUUUGAUGGGCCUGGUAAGGUCCUGGCCCAUGCAUUCUCCCCUGGAGAGGGCCGAGGAGGUGACACCCACUUUGAUGAAGAUGAGCAGUGGAGUCUAAAUGCAAGAGGAGUCAACCUGCUGCUGGUGGCUGCCCAUGAGCUGGGCCAUGCUCUGGGACUGGCCCACUCUAAGGACAGGACUGCCCUGAUGUUUCCCAACUACCAGUAUGUGAACACACAGGGGUACAAGCUGCCUGAGGACGACAAACAGGGAGUGCAGGCUAUAUAUGGAUCCCGAACAGUGCCGACUCAAGCGCCCGCUAAACCUGAUCCGAAGCCACAACCUGCCCCAAACCCUGCACCCAAACCACCACCCAGACCUACAGCAGACCCCGCUGAGCCAGAGCUUGAGUCCACCCCAGAGCCUCUUCCAGAUAGGUGCUACAGGCACCUCCGUUUUGAUGCUGCAACCUCCAUUGAGGAUAAUCUUUGCUUCUUUAAAAAUGGAUAUUUCUGGAAGAAGAGUGGUGACUGGGAUGGCAUCACGACAAGGAAAAUUCAGUCUGUCUGGCCUGGAAUCAACCAUGUCGAUGCUGCUUAUGAAUUUAAGAGUGAUAACAUUGUCUUCCUCUUUGAGGGUGAUCAUUACUGGGGUGUCAGAGGAAAUACUGUGCUGCCUGGUUAUCCCAAACCCCUCAGCGACCUCGGCUUCCCCCCCUCUGUCACCAAGGUAGACGCCGCUGUUUAUGUAACAUUCACAGGCCGGACCCUUCUCUUUGAGAGACACAGAUACUGGAGCUUCAAUAACAGGAGAGGCAGAAUGGAUGCUGGGUACCCAAAAUUAAUUUACAGAGACUUCCGUGGCAUUGGCUACAAAGUGGACUCUGCCUUUGAAAACAAUGGUUACCUGUACUUUUCAGCUGGAUACAGACAAACAGAGUACCACUAUCCAAGAAGAAGAGUUCUUCGUACUCUGUUAAACUACAGCUGGCUGGACUGCAACUGAAAAAACAAAAUAUUCACACAUGUACAAGUAAAGCUACAAUCUCUGCUAUCAUAUCCUCUGUAGCUUCUGGUGGCUUUUCUGUAGAGACGUAUGAAAAUGUCUGCAUCAUUUAAAAUACAUCAAACGUUAGCAAACACUCUAGGUAAUGAUUGCUGGCUAUGUUGUAAAAUAAAAAAAAAAAUAAAAACAUCAUCCUGCGAUGUGCACGAAGCAA